GAAGAUGCACACGACCCAGAAGGACACGACGUACACCAAGAUCUUUGUCGGGGGGCUGCCCUACCACACCACCGACGCCAGCCUGCGCAAGUACUUCGAGGUCUUCGGCGAGAUCGAGGAAGCGGUGGUCAUCACCGACCGGCAGACCGGCAAGUCGCGGGGCUAUGGAUUUGUCACCAUGGCUGACCGAGCUGCUGCCGAAAGGGCUUGCAAGGAUCCCAACCCUAUCAUUGACGGCAGAAAGGCCAAUGUGAAUCUGGCAUACUUGGGAGCAAAACCAAGGAUCAUGCAACCAGGUUUUGCCUUUGGUGUUCAACAACUUCAUCCAGCCCUUAUACAAAGACCUUUCGGGAUACCUGCCCACUAUGUCUACCCACAGGCUUUCGUGCAGCCUGGAGUGGUGAUUCCACACGUUCAGCCAACCGCAGCUGCGGCCUCCACCACACCCUACAUCGAUUACACGGGAGCCGCGUAUGCUCAGUACUCAGCGGCAGCUGCUGCUGCUGCUGCAGCCGCUGCCUAUGACCAGUACCCCUAUGCAGCCUCCCCUGCUGCUGCUGGAUAUGUCACCGCUGGGGGCUAUGGCUAUGCUGUCCAGCAGCCCAUCACCGCCGCUGCCCCGGGGUCGGCAGCUGCCGCAGCUGCUGCUGCUGCUGCCGCAGCUGCAUUUGGCCAGUAUCAACCUCAGCAGCUGCAAACAGACCGGAUGCAAUAGACCCAGCCAUCUGAUCCAAGUUGAAUCGUUUCCUCUUUUCCCUUCCAAUUUCCCAAGUUUUAGUAGUUCAUGAGAGAGUUAACAUUGACUUAUUAACAGCUUUAAAAAAAAAAAAGCAAUGCUAUUGUUGAAACAGAAUUCUUCUUCUUAUUUUUUUUCUUUUUUAAUACUCCUGGUAGUGACCUAGAUGAGGCCACAGGUGAGAAGCUGAGAUUUGGGCAGGCGCAGUUUUGGAAAUCAAUCCCCAAGAGCCUGGGUAACCAGCCGAUGAGAAGGUGGCAUGGAGCAUGGUUGACCCUUCACUUUUGUAACCGGAUUUUUAUUUGGGUCUUUUUUAUAGUAUCAGGGAAGCAAACUGCCUUUUCCAAGUUAGAAAAUGCUAUUUGAAUCUAGUUGAACCAGGGACUACAGAGUGAGCAAUAUGUAGCUUGAAUUAUGUUUAAAAGUUGUUUUUUUUUUCAUUUGUGUUAUUUUAGAAAAACCAAGAGGCUAAAGUGCUGAUCAUUAUUUUUAGCAGUCACUACGGCCUACUUUUUCAAGGAAGAAGGUAGUGUUUAUACUAUCUCAAUUAUGGGCACCGAACAAUCAAGCUAGGAGCAUUGGCGGUGGGUACAAUGGCGGACAGGCACCAAAGCUAUUUUCUCAUCUGUCCCCUGGAUGAAUGGGACUGGGGAACAAGUGGUGUGGAAUUCAUGGUGCAGCAGCGGGGCAGACAAUCAGUAACACACCCAGUUCUGGAAAGAACACAUCACUUGUGCUUGUUUGAUGAGCUUGUCACAUUCUAAUCCCUCUCCCCAUCCUGUUUCAAUUUUGGGAAACUUGUAUCUGCUGGUGUCAGCAAUUCUGAUCCCUAAACAGGAUCAAGCAUUUACUCCAACAGCCUUCUCUUUCUAUUUAUUGUCUGGACUUGGAGUUUAGGAAUAAAGGCAGGCAAGUUUGCAGGCACUAUAUGUCUUAAGGACAUUUAUUUUCCCCUCCCCUCUCUUUUUAAAUAAUUUUACACUUUUUAGUAUCUAUUUCAGAGUCCUAUUUAAAAACUAUUUAUUAGUGAAUACAGUAAUCUGAGUCAGCGAGGUCAUUGAUAUUACAAUUCUUCAACGGUUAAUGAUGAUGUGGUUUAUACUGUGCCUUAAUAGUAAUGCUAUUUAAGAUAUUUAUUUUAAGUUUUACUAUGCUGCACUCUAAAGCAAGGAACUUUAGAUGUGACACUGUAAAAUUAUGUAUUCAUCUCAUGGCAUAAAUUAUUUAGUAGGUCUAGAUGUAGCAUAUUAAAUAUUAACCUAUUCAACUAAAGAUGUUGACUUGGAUUUAUUUAAAUUCAUAUGUGCACUGUAUAAGAGUACUCUUACAUUAACACAUUUUAGUUGAUUUUAGUCGAGAUUUUUUUUUAAAAAGCAAGCUACAUGGCUAGUUUCAUGCUUCCUUCUCUGGUUUUUUUUUUCUUCCUAUAGACCUCAUCUACCAGCAGAUCAUUGCUUCCACACUAUUCUUAUGUAGUUUAUGUAGUCUCAAAAUGCUGCUUUACAUUUUUCUUCUGAAACUGCAAUACUUGCAAUUUUUAUUCUUAAACUAAAUUGAAUACUAUUUUACACUGUAUUGGAUUUUUAUACUUGAACAAUUUCAUACAAGGGAAGACAGGUUAGCAUUUUUAUGGACUUUUCUCCAUUAUCACUGGAUUUAAGUAUUCCCAUACUAGACAGUGUUAUGUAAUGUAGACAUGACUCUCCUGUGCAAAUUAUUUAUUCAUUGUGUAUAUGGCUUUAUAACAUUUCAGAUCUUCUAAUCUAUUCACUUGUAUUAAAUAUAAUUUUUAAAAA